UGAUAUGGCGGCGUGAUAUAAACGUACACUCGAGGGUUAAAGUUUGUGUUAGUACGGCGAGAAGACGCGUGAGAGGGGUGUUACCCCUCCCAAGUGUGGCUGCUUACGUCUCGGGGAAUGGCCGUGGAAAUAACCGGGGGAGAGAGUUCUCCGCCGUCAGCGAGGGCGGCCAUAGUCAGACAUGGCGGGUGUUAGCUUACGUGAAUGACGGCGAUAGUGAGCGAAGCGGAAGAAGAAAGAACAAAAAAAAGGAAAAAGUGGAAAAAAAACGGUGGAUAAAGAACAUUGAAGAAGGAUUGAGUAAAAUACGAGAAAAUAAGGAUACAAAGGGGCGCGUGAGAACAGUUAAGUAUUGCAAGGGUGUUUAACAACGCGAGUAAUUCGGUAAAGGUGGCGAGAAAGAGAGAGAGAGAGAGAUAGCGAGAGAAAAAACCCUCGUUCCGUCGAAAGUGCGUUGCCGUUUUUUUUUUUCGUUUUUUUCUUCGAUUUCGGAAGAGACCAGUGCCGCGUCGUUGUAUAUACGUACACACAUGCAUACACAUGCGUAUGUACACUCGUGCGGAUUCCUACGAUAAAUCGCGAUACGAAAAUAAACGUAAAAUAAAGUUGAAAAUACAAAGAACAAACAGAUUGCGAGAGAAUUUCGUGUCGUAUGAUUAAUUCGGAAGUAAAAAAAAAUGCAGAAUGUAGGACAAGUGAGCACCUCGGAUAGCCAGAAGAACGAUAAAACAACUAGUGUUGGUGGUAGUGGUAGUGGUAGUGGCGGUGGUGGUGUAGGUGGUGGUGGUACGUCGUCCUCGUCGUCGUCGUUGGGACGGGAAGUUGGUAAAACGUCGUCGUCGACAACUACAACACAGUCGACCAAUUCAAGCUCCACUAAGUCUGAGACCGAGACAUUUUCGGAAACGCAACCACGCUUUAUGACAGACUCGUCGGAGAGCGAGGAGGACAGCAUAUCAGAGGUGGAGUGCUUUGCCAUAGAUCAGGCCGAAUUGGACGAAGAUAAUCAACCGGAAACUUCAAAGUUUCUGUUGACGCCGGAAGACCCGGAACGUUCGGUGGAUCCAGAAACUCAAGCGCGCCUCGAGGCUCUCCUCGAGGCAGCAGGUAUUGGUAAAUUAUCAUCCGGGGAUGGAAAACAUCUGGCGGAUCACGAAGUUCUCAGACGUUUAACGUCUAGUGUAUCUUGUGCAUUGGACGAAGCCGCAGCGGCUCUCACUCGCAUGAGAAGCGACAAUCCACGAAUACAGAACGACAAGAGAUCCCUCGUCGAGGCUUGUACAGACGGGGACGUUGGUACUGUUAAAAAACUCCUCACUGAGGGACGUAGCGUUCACGAAACAACGGAGGAGGGUGAGAGUAUUCUCUCGCUCGCUUGUUCUGCAGGAUAUUACGAACUUGCGCAGGUAUUGUUGGCGAUGAGCGCAAACGUGGAAGAUCGCGGCAUCAAAGGGGAUUGCACCCCUUUGAUGGAGGCAGCAAGCGCCGGUCACGUCGACAUUGUCAGUUUACUUAUUGCUCAUGGGGCUGAUGUCAACGCCCAAUCGACCUCUGGCAACACGCCUCUGAUGUAUGGUUGCGCGGGCGGCCAUGAGGAAGUCGUUAAAGUAUUGCUCGAAGCUGGCGCCAAUGUCGAAGAUCACAAUGAGAAUGGUCACACACCGCUCAUGGAAGCCGCGAGCGCGGGUCACGUGCCCGUUGCUAAAAUCUUACUCGAACACGGGGCUGGCAUCAACACCCAUUCGAACGAAUUCAAAGAGUCCGCUCUUACUUUGGCGUGUUACAAGGGUCAUCUGGAUAUGGUUCGAUUUCUGCUCGAAGCUGGCGCCGAUCAGGAACACAAAACCGACGAGAUGCACACCGCACUUAUGGAGGCUUCGAUGGACGGUCACGUGGAAGUGGCGCGUUUGCUCCUGGAUUCCGGUGCUCAGGUGAACAUGCCAACGGACAGUUUCGAGUCGCCUUUGACUUUAGCAGCUUGCGGUGGUCACGUUGAUCUCGCGAUGCUGUUAAUCGAAAGAGGCGCCAAUAUUGAGGAGGUCAACGAUGAAGGUUACACGCCGUUGAUGGAGGCAGCACGGGAAGGUCACGAGGAAAUGGUUGCUCUUCUCCUCAGUCAGGGCGCGAACAUCAACGCCCAGACGGAAGAGACUCAAGAAACCGCCCUGACGUUGGCUUGUUGCGGUGGUUUUCUCGAAGUUGCUGAUUUUCUAAUAAAAGCCGGGGCUGACAUCGAAUUAGGAGCGUCAACGCCGCUUAUGGAAGCAGCCCAAGAAGGACAUUUAGAUCUGGUGCGUUAUCUCCUCGAGUCUUCGGCGGACGUUCACGCUCAGACCCAAACAGGCGACACGGCGUUAACGUAUGCUUGCGAAAACGGUCACACCGACGUGGCGGAUCUUCUUCUGCAGUAUGGAGCGGAUCUGGAGCACGAAUCUGAGGGAGGCCGAACACCAUUGAUGAAAGCGUGCAGAGCAGGUCAUUUGUGUACGGUACAGUUUCUCAUAUCGAAAUUGGCGAGUUUGAAUAGAAAUACGACGAACAACGAUCAUACACCAUUGUCGCUUGCCUGUGCCGGUGGACAUUUGUCCGUCGUUGAGUUACUGUUGGCCCAAUCGGCCGAUCCAUUCCAUAAGUUAAAGGACAAUUCUACUAUGCUUAUCGAGGCUGCUAAGGGUGGUCAUACAAGUGUGGUACAGUUGCUGUUGGAUUAUCCACAUAGCAUUAUGAUGAACAACCCCCACAACGCUGCCCCAGCACCGAUGUUAAUGCCUCAGCAGCAACAGCAACAACAACAACAACAGCAACAGCAGCAGCAGCAGCCUCAACCGUCCUCUCAACAACAAUUGCCCCCAGCUGCAACCUCUCAGCAAAUUCAGCAACAGGCUUCGACCGCUCAACUACCAUCGAAUCAACAAAAUACAACUAAUCAACAGCAAUCCUCACCGAGUCAACAGCAGCAACAACAGCAACAACACCAACAGCAGCACCAACAACAGCAGCAACAGCAACAAGCUAGCGAACAACAAAAUCAGCCACAAAAUUUGCAACCAAAGUAUAACACGCAAAAAUCGUUGUUAAGGAAAAAUCGAUCUGUCACGAUGAUGCCUGACACGAGUCUCACUUCCGCCGAAGCGCAGCAAGUCAGAACUCAACCUGCAGGCGAAACUGCGAAUACUAAUAAUACCAAUAAGGAAUGUGCUACCAAUAUUCUCGACAAAGGCAGCGGCAAUUUCUCCGGUCUGUCCGAAGCCAACAUCAGUCUUGGACCUGUCAACAUUGCUGUCAAUGUUGCCAAUGCUAACGCCGCUUCAGCUGUUGGCCCUUCUACCAACGCCAACAAUGAUAAUUCACGCACGAAUAUGCCCUUCGAACAGAUGGUUAGGAAACAGCAUAUUAUCGAAGAAAUCGAGAGGGUAGAACGAGAGUUGCUGAUUAAAAGUGCGGCGGAUCAUUUGUUUCUUGGUCCAUCCGCGACUUCCGGGAACGUUAUUGUUGGACAACAGCAGCAACAACAACCAGCGGACGCUGUAGAAACGGCCGAAUCACUGUUGCCGGGUUUACUCAACAUCGAUUUGCCUGCUCAAAUUGCCGGUCUCGUUUGCGGCUCAGUGGGAACUUCCGGGAGUCUUUUGGACCAAGAGGCUCAAACAGCAAUAUCGGCUUACACCGCGGGUUAUUACAUGACGAAAAGGCUUGUUUUGCAAGAGAGUUUGCGACGAGCUGAAAAAGAAAUUCGUCCCGGUGCCCCCUCGACGCUAAACGAUAAUUUUCCAAUAGUUGGAAACGUCGUUGCAGCCGCGGCCGCUUCAGCCUCGUCAACGGGUGUCGGAGCAACUAAUUUUCCGAGCACACCACCACCGCCGUUAUUUUUGCCACCGAUAUCGAGCAACGCUGGAGGUGUCGCGACAACAGGCAAUUUUACAACAGCGAAUAGCGCCUCGGUAACUACUGGAACAAUCCCGAUUGUAACGAGCAAUGCUGCUGUACCAGCACCGAGUUCACCGAUUAUAACCGGCUCACCCACGAGCCUUGGAACCACCGGUAUUGCCCCGGUCACCACUUCUGGUAACGUUCCAUCGCCCAACGUCGUAGCUUCUGCCGGCGCUCUUUCUCAACCAAUCACGGCGAGCAGCGACGUCAGCCAAAAUACAGCUAUAAGCGAUCGACCAAAAGCAAAACCGGUCUCAAAGAAAGAAGGGAAAAUCGUGAGAAAAGCCGCUGCUGCGGCUGCUGCCGCUGCGGCCUCCGGUAUGCUCACUGGAAAAAUACAACAACAAGAACAACAAGUUACCCUUAUGGCUGGAUUGCAACAACAGUAUCAGCAGAAACAACGAGAACAUACCUAUCAAGUUCAACAAGUACAUCAACUUCAACAAUUGAAUCAACAGCUUCAAUUGCAGCUUGAUCAAGUUCAGGUGCAACAACAACAGCAGCAAUCUCCACCGCAUCAACACUUUCAGCAUCAAGCGACCCAGGAACAAGACCAAGAAGUUAUUGAAGAAUUAGAAGAAAACGGUCAACCUGUAGCCGCUGGCGGGUUCGGACGUUACGGCAUUCUCAAGCCUAUACAACUUAUGGAAUGUCUUCGUCCUUCCCGAGGUCAACAUGGUCAACUUGGCCAGGAGAGCCCUGAUCAGGCCGUAGUUCUCGGAAACCCGGAGCAAGAGCUGCUCAAUAGAUGUAUCGGACAAACGGAAUGUCCGAUCUGGAAGGCAAUUAUGAAAAAUGAUAAAAACAUGUUCGAGCUGCAGGACGGUACGCAAGUUCCCCUCGAGACCGUUGCCGACAUUUUCGAAGCGCUUCACUUCGAUGAUGUUCCCGAUGGACCAGAUGGUCAGGAGAGUCUAUACCUUAAAAAGUUAGAGCUGAUGUACAGCGACGAUCAGCAACAAAUUCCUCAACAGCAGCAGCAGCAACUGCAAAUCCAACAACCACAACAGCAGGUGCAAGCGCCAUCACAACAAAUUCAACAACCACAACAGCAGCAGCAACAACAACAACAACAGCAACAACAACAACAACAACAACAACAGCACCAACAACAACAACAGCAGCAGGUACAAGUCCAACAGGUUCAACAACAGGGCCAACAACAACAACAACAGCAGCAGCAGCAGCAGCAACAGCAACAGCAAGUUCAGCGGCAAAAACAUCACUGGUCUUUGCGUCAAAAGUCUGAGCAGGAGAAAAGCGUUCGCGCAAAGGUCGUAGCCGAAUUACUGGCCGAUCCUGCCUGUGCUAAAUUGGUAAUGAACGGUUUUACGAGGAGUCGACGUUUGAUGCAGAAAAAAGGAAUGGAGGUGGCUGCAGCAGCAGCAGCGGCGUUGCACCGUACGCGACCACGUCCUGCUUGGUUCGAGCAGCAAAAACAGCAGCAGCAGGCAUCCCUCCAGCAACAAUCUCAGCCACAGCAGCCUCAGCAACAGCAGCAACCGCAGCAGCAGCAGCAGCAGCAGCAACAACAGCAGCAACUGCAACAAAAGCAGCUGGUUCAACCGAUCGGAGGCGGUGGAGGUAGCGGAAUUCCUGGCCAGUGUAUGUCUGCAAAUCAAGUGCAAGUGGCGACCCAAACGCAAGCACCCUCGGUCGUUGCGGCAGCGGCAGCAGCGGCCGCUGCCGCCGCAGCCGGCGGUCCAACGAUCACGGAGAACGAGAAACAAGUUUACACGGUUCCAGCAGCGGCAGCAGCAGCUGCAGGAGGCAAAGGCAAAAAAGCUCGGUAUCCUCUGCUCUCUCAGCAGCAAACGUGCCAGCAGCAACAACAGCAGCAGCAAACAAAUGUGAAUCAUCAAGUGCAGCCUAUCCAACAACAACAGCAACAACUUCAACAACAACAGCAGCAAUUGCAACCUCAACAGGCUCAGCAAACGAGUCAGCAGCAACAACUUCCGGUUGCUAAUUUCGCUGGACAAAAUUAUCAACUAGAUCCGACAUCCGUUGCUGGGCAAUAUACAACCGGAGUCGCAGCUCCUGUCGCAGGCGGCGGUGUUGCAGCCGCUCCUUCCGCAAGCUAUACCGGAGCUAACCAAGUACCUCUUGCUCCUUUCUCUUGCAUGGAUGUCGACUCCGAGACCGAUAGUAAUCACGAUACCGCCUUGACCCUUGCCUGCGCCGGCGGUCACGAGGAACUCGUUGAAUUUUUAUUGUCGAGAGGAGCUGAUAUCGAGCACCGCGACAAAAAAGGCUUCACUCCUCUGAUACUCGCUGCUACAGCGGGACAUCAAAAAGUCGUCGAGAUACUUUUGAAUCACGGGGCUGAUAUCGAAGCUCAGUCGGAACGUACUAAGGAUACUCCGUUGUCGCUGGCAUGCAGCGGAGGCAGAUUCGAAGUUGUUGAACUAUUGCUUAAUCGAGGAGCGAACAAGGAACAUCGCAAUGUUUCGGAUUACACGCCCUUGAGUCUCGCCGCUUCUGGCGGCUACGUAAAUAUAAUUAAAUUACUGCUGAGCCACGGUGCUGAAAUAAAUUCACGGACGGGAUCGAAGCUUGGAAUUUCGCCGCUUAUGCUGGCUGCGAUGAACGGACAUACCGCAGCGGUUAAACUUCUCCUUGAUAUGGGCAGUGACAUCAACGCCCAAAUCGAAACAAAUCGUAAUACCGCAUUGACUCUUGCCUGCUUCCAAGGUCGACACGAAGUCGUUAGCCUUCUUCUCGAUCGUAAAGCCAACGUCGAACAUCGAGCUAAAACUGGUUUAACGCCUCUCAUGGAGGCCGCCAGCGGUGGAUACGUCGAAGUUGGUCGCGUACUUUUGACCAAAGGAGCCGACGUUAACGCGACUCCUGUACCUUCCUCGAGGGACACCGCCCUGACGAUCGCCGCGGACAAAGGUCAUUGUCGCUUCGUCGAAUUAUUACUGUCCCGAGGAACUCAGGUCGAAGUCAAGAACAAAAAAGGCAACAGCCCUCUGUGGCUGGCAGCGAACGGCGGACAUCUCAGUGUCGUCGAGUUACUAUACUACGCUAACGCCGACAUCGAUUCCCAGGACAAUCGCAAAGUCUCCUGUCUCAUGGCCGCUUUUCGCAAGGGCCACAUCAAGGUCGUCAAAUGGAUGGUUAAUCACGUAACGCAAUUUCCCAGCGAUCAAGAAAUGACGAGAUACAUAGCGACAGUGAACGAUAAAGAAUUGUUGGAGAAAUGUUCCGAAUGCGUGAAAAUCAUACGCGCCGCUAAGGACACUCAAGCUGCAAGAGCGAAUAAAAAUGCCUCGAUAUUGCUCGAGGAAUUGGACAUGGAAAAAACAAGAGAAGAGUCAAGAAAAGCUGCCGCCGCAAGGCGCAGAGAAAGAAAGAAAAAGAAGAAACUCGAAAGGAAAGAAGAGAAACGAAAGUUAUUCGAAGAGAACAAGAAAAAUGAAACCAUUUACGAAGACAAAGAGGAAAAUGGAAAGAAAUCGGAUGACGACGAUGCUGAUAGGGAGGACGACAGCGAUCACGAAGGAGGUGGAGGCGGCGGUGGCGCAAAUGCCAAUCCAACCUGCUCAAGCUCCGGCAAUGCGGCAGCUUCGAACGUCGAAACAUGCGAGAGACUGGGCAACGCACCUUCUCCUGUCAACCGAAGCCCUGAGGAUCCUGACAAAGAGGAAGGUGACAGUGGCUUCGAUGCCAAUAGCCAAGGAAGCUGUAGCAGCAACGACGUCAAAGCUCGGGAAAGGAAAAAGGACAAAAAGAAGAAAAAGAACAACGCCGGGCCUGGGAACAAUAUCAAUAAUAAUAAUAACGACAAAGAUACGUCACCGCAUAGAUCGACUAAAUCCUCCAUACCAUCGACUAAUUCGUCAUCCAACGUCGGUGGACAAAACACCGUAACACCAACCAAGUCUCAAACUUCCAACGCCGACAAACGAACCCAAGCAGCGGCAGCAGCGAGUGCGAGUAGCAACGUCGCAACCUCGAGCACCACGGCCGCACCAUCGUCAGUCUCGAGCACAAGAGCGGCGACCGCAGCUGCCGUUAAUUCGAGCGAACGAAAACUCAAAGGACAACUUGUUUUUGAGUCAUCGAGGCAUCCCGCAGAUCGUGAGGAUUUCGAGGCCACCGGAAACGAGACUUAUAUCUCGGGCAAAGGCAAAAAAUCCAAUGCCAAUCAGCAAUACGACGAUUCCGUUGGUGGCAAUGUCAAAACGAACAAUUCAACCAGCCCGAAACAAGGCGGUAAGCGCGAGGAAGGAUGGAAAGAAGUUGUACGAAAAGGACAAUCGGACGAUUCGGGAAGAUUUAUGAAUUCUCCAUUCCGCUCGAAGAAAGUUUCCGUUCCACCGAACGCCAUAAGUCGAGUGAUUGGUCGUGGUGGUAGCAACAUAAAUGCCAUUAGAGGAGCGACCGGAGCCCACAUCGAAGUGGAAAAACAGAGCAAAUCCCAGGGCGAAAGAAUCAUAACGAUCAAAGGAUCGACCGACGCGACGAAACAAGCGCAUACGUUAAUAGCAGCUCUGAUAAAAGAUCCGGACGUGGAUAUACUUCAAAUGCUACAGAAAGCGAAGCCGACGGUCGUUACAUGUUCAUCUUGGGACAAAACGACAAUUCCAUUGUCAAGCAUCGCAACAAAGAGUCGAACAGCGACUUCGGCGGUGGCGGGCGCAUCGUCGAAAACGUCGAGUGCAGCGAGCAGCGUGACUGGAUCACAAUCGAACAAAUCUGGCAGCAACGUGAACGGUGGAGCAACUGGUAACAGCAGCUCGAGCAGCGUUGGUUACAAUUCUGGACCAACGCCAGUCGCUCAAUUAAUGCCACUCCGUUCGUCAUCGAGCAUUAAGUUGGCAGGAGCUUUUCCAGCUCCAAUGUCUCGUACAACUGCCCCGAGACUCGUCGCAGCCGCGGAGAAACGAGCGCAGUCGUUGGCCGCGGCCCAAAUGUCAUCCUCGACGAAUACUAAGACAACAAUGUCUUACACGAGCGCCAUUAUGACGGCGGGACGUGGAACGAAAGUGGUUACUUCCGUUACGAAUCGAUCCUCGUUCGCCGCCAAAUUAACCGAAAUCACUGCCUCGAAUCAUCCCACAAGCACAGUCAUGCAAACAAACAGUAAUCAAGGAUGUAAGCUGAUGAAAGCAUCGCAAUCUGUGACCGUAAUGUCGUCCACAGCCCCGGCAACGCCACAGCAGACAUCCGGACAGCAAUCGAAUUUGUCCACGUCGAUGGGAGGAACCGGAGCCGGUGCUGGGGGAGCUGGUGCCUCGGUCGUCCCUGGUGGUUCCUCGUGCUCGUCCUCGUCGUCGUCCUCCUCAUCGUCCUCCUCGUCGUCGUCCUCGUCAGCCGCAUCAGCUCCAGCGUCAUCGACUUCCGCUCUCUCCGGGGGGACUUCCUCGUCUUUUGGUUCCUCCUCGAUGACCGGCUUGACCUCCGUCAGCUCGACCAUCUCGAGCAGCGUCAUUGUUGGCGUCACGAGAACAUCGCCGAAACACUGCCGACCACUGCCAACGCUAUCAGCACCGCCGAUAUUACAUUAUAACAACGCUGGUAAAACUUUGUACUCGUCCGGGGGAUCGACCACUACCAAUCUACAAUCCGCUAAUCACCCCAACGUCUUGUCCAACGGUCCGGACAAUACCAACAUGGUCGUUACCUCGAGCAAUUCUGUUCGCGUUACACCCUCCCCACCCGCGAUAUCCUCACAAAAUUCCAUCCACAAUCAUCCUAAUAUUUUAAAUCAACAACAGAAUCAACCCUCUUACCAUCCCCACCAUCAAUCGCAACAGCAACCCCAGCAACAACAAAAACAACAAACUUCCCAGCAGCUCCAACAACAACAAAUUAUGCAAUCUUCCCAGCAACAACCACCUCAACAAUUGUCGACUAACGCUCAGACACAGUCACAGAGCCAACAACAAAUGCGCAGCUCUACUCCCGUUGCACCUACGAUAGUCGAACAUCAACAAGCUCAACAACAACCGACCAAUACACCUCUCGAAUAUUCGCUAUUCAAUGAUACCUUUUCCAAAGUUACGCAACAAUCUAUGUGGGGAGGACGCGAAAAUGAGUCUCAAAAAGGCAUGAAUUUUGCUACGGUUGCCGGCGGCGGAAUUAACGUUAAUUCAUCCAGUAACAAUUCCGCUAACAAAUUUAUCGACAGCGCACCUCCUCAGGUGGACGCUUCUAAGGCUCCGGGAUACAGAGGAGCAACAGCGAUGUGUUCACCGGUGUCGAGUAAAGCUCAGUCGAGUGGUUCGGGCGGUGGUGCGAGUGGCGGAGUGAAUCCAAUUGGGAGUGGAGUUUCACCUUCGGGAAUCCACAGUAACAAUCCAAUGCAGCAAGGGCAAUUUCAAUCGUCAGUUAAUUAUAACGAGCAUCAACAACAACACCAAACGAACAAAGCGCCAGGAAGUUUGGCGGUAGCGAGACCGGUAAUGAGUCAGCAAAAUAUAGAGCUAUCGCAGUACAAUAGGCAGGUAUACCAGUCCGAAAUAGGCAGUAGAGGAGGAUCAGGCGGAGGCUCGUCGACGCAUCAACACCAGCAACAGCAGCAACAACAGCAACAGCAGCAGCACGUGAUGCAACAGCAGCAAGGUUCAAACUCGCAAGCAAGUUCGAUCGAUGUGAACUUGUUUAAAUCGAGCAACAGCGGUUUCGAGCAUCAAAAUGUUAAUUCGAGUUUGCUAAGAAUGGUACCGAGUGACGCGCAGGCAGCAGCACAUCCAAUGAUGCCUUUUCACCCGCACAUGCAGAGCUUCGCUCAAACAAUGGGCGGCCAAUCGUCCACCGUCAAUACAACCGUCAGUAUGUCUCGUUUGAAUCCGCGCGCACCUGAUUUCUCGAGCACUCUCCACCUCAACAACAAAGCCCAAGUGACGAUGCUUAAUACACCCACGGGAAUACAUCCGAACAUGUUUGCCAACGUCCCAGGCGGCGUUCCACCAUCUGCAACCGCUAUACAACAAUCGAAUAAUCUCGCGAUGCUAGGAGCUGCCAAUUUUCCGAUGGGAAAAUACCAGCAAGGCGGAGGAGCUCUGCCACCUCCACCUCCUCCACCAGGAGCUUCGAGAGUCGCUACGAAUUUAGCUUCGUCCAAUGGCGGACAAACCAGAUGGCCGUUUGUACCCCCGCCCAACAAUUGUCCACCUCCCCCUCAUCAGGAUCCUAUGAUGGGGCAAAUCAGCUUCCCCAAUCACUUGGGAAGCAUAGCUGGACAGUCGGGCAAUAUCGAUCUUAUAACCAGCCUUGAAAACGGUGGCUCGCCCGCGAUGUCACCCUCCAGCCCUGCUCAAGUCGUUGCCCAGGAAAUCAGUCAGAUCAAAAUUGAAGAUCGCAAGGUUCCUCGUCCGAUCGGGACCGAGAGAGCGUGGAAAAAUUAUGCCACUAGCAUGGGACCCGGCGGUGAUGCAGACUCCAUCAACUGGAUGCUGAACAAUGAGAAACUCGUCAACUCUUGGGCCAACAUCGCCCAACCUGGAAUGGAUAGACAUCAAAUGUUUCGACCAAACACCUCGUACAAUCGAAUGUCUAAUAUCGAUGCAGAGCUUCAUCAAAUGAUGGAAUCAACUUAUCAGGGACAUUUGGACAAUCAGCAGCAAGCAUUCCCGAACGGAAGUGCAGCGGCCGCAGCUGCUGCUGCUGCCGCGGCCGGACUUUCCUUGAUCCCGGGACUCGCUCUGUUACCCGGACAAUUUAGCACUCCUGGCCUGCCCGAAAUACCUCACAACGAAAACCCUAAAAUGGAACCACCUUCGUGGGGAAUGUCCGACCCAACCCAAGAAAAACAGCAUCCGGGCUGGAAUAAAUGGAGCCAUUAAGCGUUGAUGAAGCCAUUAAGUAUCCGACCGAAGCAAAGACAGAGAAAGAGAAGAGAGAAGAAAAUGGGAAUAAAUAUCGGAUGAAGAAAGGUUGGGAAAACAAAUGACAAUAUCGGCAGAAAGGAAGCGGCAACAGCAGCAGCAUCAGCAGCGUAAAAAAGCAACGUUCGUUUCUUCUAGAUACCACGUAAAAUUACUUUACUACCUAUAUUCACUGACACCCAGAUCCAAUAUAAGCUUGUUCAUGCUAGAUGGCAAGAUGGUAAAAUCCUCACUACAAUUUAUUGCUAAUACCUCUAAAUAUACUUAUUCAAUCACAAGAAAAUGAAGAAAUGAAAAACGUAUAAUAACUGGAUGAUCGUACGUGGUCGAGACAUUCGUAGGGGGUGUGCUCGUCCGCAAGACAGAAAAAGAAAAAGUUGAGUGAACAAGACGAUCGAGUCUGUCGAACAGAGGGGAGGGAGGGAGAAAGAAAAUAUUGCGGACAAUUAAAGCGAGUCGGAAGGAACGAAGAGAAUGAAUUGUUGAAAAAUAUUGAUGAAUCGGCGCCACGAGUUAACAUCGAAAUAACCACGGAAUUAUUUUGCUUCUUGUCCACAGAGAAGAAUUUCUAAUAAAAACAUUUCGUCUCUACACUUUUUCUCUUUGUUUUUCUUUCUAUAAAAGUGUUAUCGAAACGCGAGAUAUUGAAAAACUCGUUGAUUACACUCGUUCGUCCGUCUCGUAUUUAAUUGCAUAUCUCAUUGUAAGAGCGAAUUUAUUCGAUAAUUGGAUACCAUAUACAUAUAUUACGGCGAUAGCGGUGACUGUAUCAUUCUGCCAUUGGGAUUGGUCGAUCAAUCUGAUGUCUAACUUGAUGAUAAAAUAUAAUAAUAAACUGAAAAUGAAGGAAAAAUACAGUUUUUUUAAGCCGCGCAGCACACGAUGAGGGAAACAACGUGUAACGAAAUCGAGCGUUGCGUAUUAUUGCAAAAAAAAAAUAAGCGCGCAGUACUGUGUAAAUUAUGUUCCACAUUGUUCGACUAUUUUCGUGGAUCUUUUUCUUUUUUUUUUUUUGCUUUUUUCUUUUUUUGACACGUUUACACGCAGUUAUGAGAGUCAGCCCUUCCCUCGCUCAGUCGUUUACUGAGACUCUCGUCGUUUUUAAAAACGUACGAACAACUUUGAGUGGAAGACGAACCCUCAUCUUUUUUCGAAUUUAUUUAUGCCGAUAGUAUCUCUAUUUACCGAUGAUCUAUUUAGAAUUUUGCUAGAAUUCGAUUGCAAUUAAAUCGUAGGAAAACGGAACAAAAGCAGAAAGAAUACACAACGUUAUUGAAACAAUACGAAUAUAACAAUAUUAUGUAAAUAA